AACGGGUCUAGUUCAGAAAUUGUUAAACGAAUUCGUCCAUUUAGCCCUGAAUUACUUCUAUUACACGAAGACACCUUGCCAUUUUACACAUCAGCCAUGCCGAAUCCUGGUUUCGGAUCCAGCCAAGAAGUUACCGAACAACCAACAACAAAAUUACAUACGUCAUCACGUCAGUUCAAAACAGUUGCGCGAUUAGUGCGUGAGAGAGGCGAAGAUGUCGUCUCCCGUUUCCACCCGAAGAAACCAGUAAUCGCCUGCGGCAUUAAAAAUGAAAUUAUUUUCUUUUCUGCCGAGAAUUGCUCCAUUCCUUUUUCUAAUUGGAAAAAUAACGGAAAUAAGUUUCAAAUUGGACAUGAAAAAGAAAUUAUGGCGAUAGAAUGGAAUGUGGACGGAACCCAAUUGGCUGCCAUCUCUAUAUUCAGUAGUGAAAUCAUCGUGUGGAGUUAUCCGGAUGGCAAAGUUCUCUUUCAAAAGGAAUUAGAAAAAGGGAUGGAUCACAUCGAGUGGAAUCCCUUCAUGCCAAACAUAUUCGCUACUUUUCCCGACGAUUUUGGAACAAAAGUUUUCUUCUUCAAUUCCUGCCCUGUCGACCAACGGCCAUUUCAUUUCUGCACAAUUGAAUAUGAGAAAAUUAUCACGAGUUUCCAGUGGAUCUCUGCGAAUCGAGUUGCUCUCGGCUUACGAGGAGACAGGAGGAUUGAAAUUUGGGAAAUUGAUGAAUCGAUGACUUCCGCAAAAAUUGUCAAACGACUCGAAUAUGAAAGCGACUAUAUAACAAAUGUGGCAUGGGACGAAAGGACAAAAUGUUUGGCCGCUUGUUAUGACGACGGAUGGAUAACGAUUUGGUCAAUGGACAGCGACCAACCCAUUCACACCACAAAGGUCGAUGGCGAAUGUAGGAGUUUGGCUUGGCGUCCAAACAGAAAACAAACGGACGACGAGGGAGUGGACGCGGCCAGGAAAUCAACCGACAAUUUCAUUUUGGCUUGUGGAUUUGGCCAAAGGAAGAUUGUCAUUUGGACUCCACUGAAAAAGAAAAAGACAAGAUUUCUCAUCAAACAACAUUCAAGUGUUAUAGAUUGGCUGUCGUUUUCACCCGACGGGCGGUUUCUCGCAUCAUCGGAUGUGAAUGGGAAAUUGAUCAGCUCAAUUUCCUUCAGGUCAGCUGAGGAUUGGAAACCCGUUUUCAUUAAAAAAAAACAUAUAAGGGGUGGACGUUUCUCCAAGCAUUUCUCGUGGUCGUCUUCUUCGUCUACGGAUGUCCCGGACUACAAAUUGACAUUCAACUCGAACGAUGGCAAGAUUCGUGUCGUGGAAUACGCUGAAGGCCAGUAAGAAAUUACAAGCCAAGAUUGAAGAUCACGAGAGGAUUGCGGAAGAAAAAGAAACUCGAGCGGAAAAUGGUCAAUCGGAUCCAGUGGCGACUUGAAAUGAUCAUCGUAAUUUAUUUAAUUCGUUUAGUUAAAAGAUCAGUUUAGUUUAGUUUAAAGUUCGUUUAGUUUAAAGUUGCUGGCGUCAAGUGUUCACCACAUUGGUAUUGCCUCUAAGCUCUCAAUAACGUCAAUGACAGAGAAAACCAUAAAGGGGAUAAAUUUAAA